UUUCAGGCGAAGCUCAGAGCCAUAAAACAUUAGCCGAACUUCUUCCCCAGCUCCACUCGCUCACCUAUUUGAACUGAAACACACUUUCCGAGAAAGCGCCCUCCACGGCGGACCAACAUAUGGGAAUAUUUCGAGGCUCACUUCCAUUUUUAAAACUUCCCACGUUGCAUUUUCCCCCUCCUUUCAUUGGAAGCGCUCCCUGGAGAACAGGAGUUUUUAAAAAAUAGUUCCUCAAGCUGCGCUACUUUUAUUUAUUCCAUUCUUCCAAGUGGGCUCCUCUCUUUGCACGCAUGCGAUGUCACGGAUUACCAAAAGGAGAAAGAAAUGUUUGACUUUGUAUCCAGUGUUUCCAAGUGAAAGUGAUUUUUGAGUAUUUUUUUUAAAGAAACCAGUUGAGCAACUGGCGACAGGACUCUAUAAUCAAUGUGGUGUCAGCUGGAAGGACGCGGGGUCCGGAUCUCACCUAAACGGCUGCUGCGCAUUUUGUUUUCUUUGGCAGUCACUCAGGUGAGGUGAGAGCUACCGAGUCACGGUCCCGACCCGCAGCUGAUACGUCCUGGGAGUGAUGCACUGGCUUCCCCUGGUUGCCAUGGUGAUCGCCUCGGCCCUGCCCUUCCCUCACAACCCCGCGACCGCGCAGCCCAGCGAGGAUCGUAAACAGACCUCCACCUCAGAAGAGGAGAACUGGAUAACCUACGAACCGUUCAGCAGUCCGGACGUUCCCGCAGAAGAAGAAGAAGCAGAACCGCUCAGGACCGAGGAAAUUUCCCAGGAAAACUCGCUACCAAAGGACUCCAAAGCCAGUAGGAAAGAUGGCGACUCGGACCCCAUACCGCGCCAUUUUAGGACAGGCGCAGCCGAGGACAGCCCCGCCGUAGAUGUCGGGUUGGGUCUGGAAAUAGAUGAAAUGUUUCUGGACGCACAUCCCCGCGUCCUGUUCUCGCCCUCGCCUUCGCCGCCGGAGCAUCCGCCGCUUCUGCUGAUGUUGGAGAACGGGCUACUGGAGGACGACAGCGACGGAGACGUAGAGGGUCACGGGGAUCGCGCCGCCGACCGGACCACGCCGACUCCGACAUGGGCGGACUACAACAAGGGCCCGGCCGACGAGGCGUACCGCCCGGUGAAACGGGACAAACGUUCACACCUGAUGGAUACCCACAGGGGGGAGAAGUCCGUGUGCGAGUCAGAAAGCACGUGGGUCAACAACAAAACCACCGCCAUCGACUCGCACGGCGAGCGGGUCACCAUCGUCCCGCAGAUCCAGACAAUGACGGGCGCGCUCAAGCAGUACUUUUACGAGACGCGGUGCCGCCGGCCCGACGGGCAGAGCGGCUCGAGCAGGACGCGGGGAGCGGGCGCGAGGUCCGCGGCGGCCGGCGUGGCCGGGGCCAGCUGCCUCGGCGUGGAUAAAAAACAAUGGCGGAGCGAGUGCAGAGAGAAGCAGUCGUACGUCCGCGCGCUCUCCAAGGACGCCAAGAACAAGAUGGGAUGGCGGUGGAUCCGGAUAGACUCGUCCUGCGUCUGCGUGCUGCUGUCCAGAACCAAUCAGGGGAAGGACGUGAUGACGAGGCGCAGGAGAGUCUAACGCAAGGAAGGAAGACACGUUUGGACGUCCUGUCUCCUUCCCCCAUUUUAUGACUUUUACAAAAAACAAGAAGACCUCAAUGCUAAAUGAUUUUAGGGAAAUUGUUAUAUAGACAGAGGUGGGUAGAGAACGACGGCAUGUUAGGAGCAAUUAAAAAAGAAUAACAUUUGUGGAAAUAUUGAGAAAACUCUGAGCAUCAACAAGUUGAACAUUUGCAAGAAAUUUUGUUUAAACGCCUUCUAAAAUUUUCCAGAAAAGAAGGAAAUUUCAUAAUUUCCAUCGAAUUUUCUAGAAAAAAAGAUGGAAGUUUCUUAGUUUAAGCAGUCGGAAAUUUGUGAGAAAGAAAAAAAAUCCAAUUUUGAGAUCUGAGAAAUUUUC